AUUGUUAAAUAUGGUUGGUAAGAAAAAUAGCUCGAAGUACCGUAAAAAGCGAAGAGGAUUUGGUGGUCAAAGAAGGCAAGAAAUUGAAAGGGAAGAUAAUGGCGAGAACAGGAAUGAAAGCAUGACAUCUGAUGUAGGCCCAUCCACUUCGACUCCCGUUAAGACAGCUGACGAAGCAAACCGAUCUCUUGAAAAGAUCUCAACAAACUGUCCAAUUUUUGAAAAAGAGAGAAGUCAGGUUUUAACGAGGAAAAGAGCAAAAUCACUUGGGUUAGAAUCGAUAGCAAUGAAAAGACGAAAAAUGGUUCAUGAGAAAUCUUAUAUCCAAGACGCACAUGGCUUCAAACUCAUGAAAGCCAACAAGUUGCAACAUGCUCUCUCCCAAGCAGCAAUCUGUGGCUCUUGCAAAAGUCCCAAAGGCAAGCUUAUUCUCUUACAAGCUGAUCGCAAACGAGUAGGUCUGGAUGAAGAGCUUAUUCUUAAGUGUACAAAUUGCCAAGACACUACACUUUUUCACACAAGCCCAAGAAUGAAAACUGCCAUUGGAAAGUCCUCAGAAGUAAACUUCAGGUGUGCUCAAGCUGGUAUUGAGACUGGUCUUGGGCUGACAAAUUUGCAAAAGCUUUCCACUGCUUUUGACCUUCCGUUACCACUUUCGCAUGCAGCAUAUAAUGACUUGAUGAAAAAGUGUGAAUGUUGCUACUCAAAUGAGGCUGAUGCAUCACUCAAAAAAGCUGCACUGAAUCUCAAGAAUAUGGUAAAAGAGAAAGAUCCCAACUGCAAAGAUUUGGACCCUCUUUCUGACAUAUUUGAGGUCAGUGUUUCUGUUGAUGGCACUUGGCAAAAGCGAUAUGGAUACUCAUCACUUCAUGGUGUUGUCUUUGUGGUAGCCAUUGAUACUGGGGAGGUACUAGAUUAUGAAAUAAGGUCUAAAGUGUGCUUCCAAUGCAAGUCAAAAGAGCACAAAAAAGCAUCAGCAGAGUAUCAAACAUGGUGGGAAAGUCAUAGGCCAGUUUGUGAGAUAAACCAUUACGGUUCUGCUGAAUCAAUGGAAAAGGAUGCUGCAGUGAAAAUGUUUCUACGGUCAAUUGCAAAGCACAAUUUGAAGUACACAACAUAUGUUGGAGAUGGAGAUUCAUCUUCAUAUGGAGUUGUGGCUGAUGCUGUGUUCCAAAAAUAUGGCCCUGAAUAUUUGGUUUUGAAGGAGGAUUGCAUUGGUCAUAUACAGAAAAGGAUGGGGAAUGGCUUGAGGUCAUAUAAGAAAGGUGCCAAAGGUUUGAAGCUGGCUGACGGUGGCAAUGUUGGUGGGAGAGGGAGGCUGACUGAUGUUGUCAUUGAUUCCUUUCAAAAUUAUUAUGGUUAUGCCAUAAGAGCAAACACAAAUAAUUUAGAAAAAAUGCAAAAUUCAGUGUGGGCUAUCUAUUUUCACUCAAUAGAAGGAAGUGGAGAAACCCUUGAAGAGCCGCACAAAUAUUGUCCAAAGGGAAGAGACAGCUGGUGCAAAUAUCAAAAGGACAUUGUGCUGAACACAAAGAGCUAUGACAGAGCUAAAUGCCUACCUUCUGUUUUUAGAAAGGAAUUGCAUCCAAUCUUCAAAAGAUUAUCAAGUGAAAGUCUGCUCCGCCGCUGCUUAAGAGGACUAACACAAAAUCAAAAUGAGUCUCUUAAUAACGUGUUAUGGCAGAAAUGCCCAAAGAGAGUUUUUUGUGACAGAAGAAGGUUAGAGACAGCAACAGCAGCUGCUGUUUUACAAUGGAACAAAGGUUCUGGUGCAGUUUCAGACAUACUCAACAGAUUUGGAAUCAAUGAUGCAGGUGUCAACACACUAAGAGGUUGUCGCUGGCUCAAUAACCAACGCUUGAUCAAUGCAGCGCAGAAGUGUAAAAGCAAAUAUCUAAAUCAGAGAAGACUUUUAAGAAGAAAAACAAAAGAAUGUACAAAAACAGGGCAAGAUUACUUGGCUGGUGGAUUUAGCAUCCACAAAGUUCCUGAUUGUCCAGAAAACAAGAAAAAGGCCCCAAAGAACAAACUGGCAUCAACUGGAGAUACUGGCAUAACGUUUGUCAAUUAAAAAAAUAUCCCUUUGGUUGUUGAACAUGCCAACAGGCCAAAAAAGGCCAAAAAGUAGGACAGCAGGUUUUAAAUUGUCUUUUUUAGAAGUGGGGCACAAUUUAAAGCAUAUCAGGUAUGAUAAAAAGCUAAGUUCUGUUGUAUAAAUAACAAUGAUCAUAAAAUGUUGUUUAUGAAACUUUCAAUGCCGUUUUUGAAAUUAGCCAUUUUUGACUUUAAGAAAAAUAUCUCUGUGACCAUGUGAGAUAUUUGACUCAAAUUUUCUAUGAUACAUUAUUUUUUGGUUACCAUUAGAAUAAGCAGACAAAAUUCUGAUAUCACGUGUAACUCUUGAUCUACCUGGAAAAAAGACUUUUUGGGGGGUUUCCAUGGCAACCGUUACCUGGAGGAGAAAUUCCUCUGCUCAUUCAGAUAACAUUAUCUCGGCAAGUUGUUUGGUACCUUGUUUGUUGAAAUACAACAUUCUGUUUGUUUCAAAUCUUUUCUCAAAGUUAAAGCACUGUUCUGGCAAACUGGUCUGUAAAAUAUAGACUAGUCACGUGAUUUUCAAAUAUAUUUGGAAAAAUUUUUUGUAGGUUGUUAACAAAUGUUUUUGAAGUGUUUCAGACCUGUGCGCCUUGUCAUUAUUGAAAUAUUCAACUCUGUGUACCGGAGACAUGAUUUGUGAUCAAAACCUAGAUAACCACCUAGGGCAUUUGUUGAUCGAUGCAGAGAAGUUUAAAGUUUUGCUCUAGCUACUAUGAUUUUCCUAAAUUUUAAUUUUAAAUUUGUUCAUCUUAUUUUAUUGUUUUUUUUUCCAAAACAUUUUUUUCAAAAAAGAUUUUAUUCAAAGAGUCCAGCCUUGUACGUUUUGCCUUCUUUCGUCAUCUUGGCUUUUUCUUUGGACGUUUUUGCAUAUUUAAUAGUUUUCCUUCUCUGCUUUGCUUUGGUAGAAGAUGCUUUGACAGCUUUUUUAAGUCUUUCAAUUGACUUUUUUAAUGUCCCCUCAGUCAUGUGGUGGCCAGGCUCAAUACCUAGAAAUUUACAAAGAGUUAGACGAAAGGUUGCUCCCUUUGUAAAUUGACACAAUGCCAUUCGUGCUGCAAUUUCAACCAUAUGACGACCAGCAAAUGUUAUUUUUGGGCAAAAUCUCCAAAGAAGACCGUGCAAACUCUCAUUUGGAUUUUGUGUUCUGCUUCUGAUGCACCUUUUUAGCAAACGUUCAUCAGUCAGUCGCUGAAAUAUUGGAACAAGCUUUUUGCCAACAUCUUCUGGGAUUGUUUCAUGCUCUUUAUGUGACCCAGAAUUUUCAUUUUUAGAUACUGCUUGUUGCCAGAAACACCAAGAAUUCUCUCCUGGUGGGCAGUGGACAUGCUUAGGGUUUUCAUCAGUGGAUGUUAAAUGAAAUAAGAUUGCAAAAUAGUUUUGCCCGUCCAUAAUAGUUUUGAAUUUUGAGCAUCUUUGCUCUGGUCAACUUUCCCUUUCCUGAUAUGGAGUCCUUUUGAGCUUUGCAUUCUUGCGGGAGGUUGACUAAGGCAGUUCCCAUUCUUUUUGAUACAUGGUUAAUACAUUCCUCUUUAACAAUAGUAACACUAUUGCGAUAUGGUUUAGCCUCAAGAACCGAGUCAAAUGCUUUAGACCUUUUAGACCAGGCGGAGAAUGGGGGUAGGGUCCCCCCUCGGGGAAGUAAUUCUAGUUAGGUGGGUUUGAGUAAUUUUGGGGUGCUGAUUACGAAAAUCGAUGUUAUACGGGCAAGUUGGGGGGGGCCUUCAGCCUCUAUUUCAUACCAAAGUCUCGUUUUCAAUCAAAAUAGAGCAAGUUGCUUUUUAAGGGUCAACCCUUCGGUGAAAUAUCUAAAAUUCAUUGGAUCUAGAUAAUUUUAGAAUGCUGAUUCCAAAAUUCGAUAUUAUAAGUACGUAUAAGGAGGCGUUUGGCCUCAAUUCCUUGUUUAAAUCUCGUUUUCACGCAAAAGGACAGAAGCGGCGUCAUAAGAUUCCUCCCAAUAAAGGAAGUUUUCCAAAUUUGGCGCAAUAGGGUAAUUACGGUGAACUGAUUCUAAAAAUAAUGUUUUAAGGUCUUUUGGGGGUCUUUUUGGCUCCAAUUCAUAACAAAGUCUCGUAUUCAAAAAACACUUUUGAGCAUUAGCCGCUAUAAAAUUCAACUACCCUAUAAAUCAUCUAUCAAUCUAUCAAACCAGUUUCCUCCAAUCUAUGUAUAGAAAAUGUAUAUUUUGUGGAUUUAUUAUGAUGAUUCAUUGUAUAAAUCAAUGAUAUCUUCAUUAAAAUCGUUUUCUCUACAAAUCAUCUAUCAUCGGUAGACACAAUUUCGUUAUUCAGCAGCUCUGCGACAUCAGCUGGGUAGCAUACAUCACUCCAAACAACUGAUCAGCUUUCAUCCCAUCCAUGAUUAGCUGGGUUGUCCAUAUCCACCGUUAAGCGACUUGAUCGCUGAUUCUGAGCUUUAAAUUCAAGGUGGCAGCAAGCUUAAAUCGGUUAUUUUCUUUUCAUUUGUAAACUCUGCAAAAACAUUUCUUCCUCACGUCGUUUACCGUUUGCAUCCUUUCGUUUCCAUAAAAUACGUAUAUAAACUUUUCCAAUCCCCUCUCAACUUUUUCGGUACUUGAAGUGUGGUCCCCAGAUUCGUAAAUAUAUUUAGGUAAUCUAUCUUUUUGCCAUUUGUCUCUAAAAAAGCUAUUUUCCCUUUUCAAAAAAAUAGAAACAUAGUCUUUUCCUGAAAAAGCAAGAAGACCGAUUAGUGCUCUCCUUGUUUCUUAAUGUCACAGUGUUGAAGAUGCUAAAAUUGCAAUUUUCUUAUUUAGACCUGUUCCGUUAUCAAUCAAUACUUGAUUUCCCGCAAAAUCAAGGUCAACAAAGAGGGAUAAGACAUUGAUAUCCCCGGAAGGAAGGUGAUCUGACAGAAUCCCCAUUCCUUAGGUUUGCUGCUUUCAUUAAAGCAAUCAGCUUUGUAUAUGCUUCUUUGUGAUUGCUCUUCAUUCUUUCAUCUAUGACAACUUCAUCUUCCGUCACUUUAGUGCAAUUGUUUUCGUUGGAAAAGAGGACGGUCUUUCCUUGUAACUAACUUUUGGCUUCUUUUAUCGCUCUUUGAAUUAAUGUGCAUGGUUCUGUUUUCUCCAUUCUGUAGAAAAUUAAUAAAAUUGCGAGGAACUAUCAUGUCUGGACUGCAACGUUAUGCAAUGGCUCAAUCUGGCAAAAACUGUGAUUGGCUGCUUUUGACCAGUAAGAAUGUGAAGCAUGCUUUGGAGUCAAGAACUUUCCCUUUGACACCGUAUGCACAACAUCUUGGUUAAGUGAACAAAAACCUUAUUAUCUCCAUAUAGCUUCGAAAGCUCUUUUAGCUUUUAUCGGGUCUGUUUGCUUUCCAAUUGUUUCAUUGUACUCUACAAUGGUGGUCUCCAUUGACAAGCACUGCUGACCUGGGACUAUUUGGAAGAUUCAUCAUGCUGGCCGAGUCCUUUAUUGCAUUGUAGCCGCACCCAAUACCCCUGAAUGCAAACACUGAUCGAACUUUAACUUCAAAUGGUUUCUGUGUCGAUUCUGAUCGGUCCACUCUUUUGCUUAAGUUCUCCUGGCUAAUUUUUGACUGACAGAGACUACAGUAAGUGAAGGCCUUGCUACAAAAUCCCAUACCAUUUCCCCUUCACAGUGUCAAAGAUUACGCCAGUCUGGUUACAGUUUGGGCAGCAAAGUUCAACAAAUAACUUGUUCAAACAUUGCUUACUAACAAUCAGAAAGCAAUUGUCCAUUUGAAUCUGACUCUCCAUCCCAACUAUUUCAUCCUGCAUACUUUCAAGUGUAAGGCCAAAUGCUUCAAGCUUUUUUGCGCUCAUUGUUGGCGUGGAAAAUGAGGGUGUGAUAGGCCUAAAUUCAUUCGUUGAAGUUGCCUCUUCGAUGGCCUCUCGAAUAACAAUCUUUUUUAUCUGUCUCCUUUUCCGAAUGCCUUUGAAGCACUGGAAAUUUAUCUUGCCCAUGACAAGGAAUAAAAGGUAUAAUAUCGAAGAAAUAGUUGGAACACACUUGUUCGAAACCACAGACUUUAGUCGACUAAAACGACAGCUGAAAUCAGCUGAUCCAACGAACCAAUCAAUGACCACUAUCUUUGGCCUUGGCCAAUCAGAUGCAAUGUUCUAAGUCUCGUUUUGAAGUUUAUUGUCUAAGUAGACUUUGACAAAGGCAAAUUACAGGUUGAUUGUUAGUUUGAAUACUAAUAUAAUGGGAAAAUCAAACAAAGCAAAAAAUGAGCUUUCGAAUGAUAUCCGGGUAUCGGGAAAAGUAGACCUAAAUCUUUUGAUAGGAAGUCACGAAACUGAAAGAUUUUGAUCGUAAUUUGACGUCAAAAUUACCAAACCAACUGAUUAAAAAGUUUAAAUAGACAGUCUUAAAGUAAAAAAUAAGGUACUUUGUUGCUAUUUUUCUAUUCUCUGAUAGUAAAAUGUUAUAAUCAAGGGAAAAACCGAUUUUGCAUUUUUUCAAAAAAAUUUCAGAUUUUCGACCUAUCCUCCAUCUUAAGGAGUGCAACACAAGAGUUUUAAUGUGUGCACUCCAUAGAGAACAAGCAUGGAAACGCUGGAAAAGAAGAAAGAAUCCAGUUUGUUGUGUAUUAAAUGUCGGGAGCUACUAAAACAGCUACAUCUGAUUGCUGAUGCACCAAAUAAUUCGAAUGGCCCUUCUUGCAAACUUUUUAACAAAGCUGUAGAGACACUCAGAGCACCAGAGGUGUGGAAAUCUAAUUUAUUUUCUCAAAGAUAUAAUAAUCAAUGGUGGCUUUCUUGUCAAGAGCCUUGGAUGCAUGCAUUUAGAGAAAAGGAAUUAUGAAGAAAUAUCAAUACGAACAAUGGAGCGGAACCAUUGAACAAGUUAUUAAAAUACAAAUGUUUAAAGAAUAUUGCAUUACUGACUUGAUAAUUGAACGCUUCUUGCCAUAUCAGUAUCGGGAGUAUCUAACAGAAAUUGUUAAGGCACAAAAAUCUAAUGGAAUUAGAUCCUAUGGACAAAACAUUCCAUCAUACUUGCAAAAUCGUCCAAAAGCAUUUAUUCAGCACUGUUUGGUUCCUGUAAGAAAUGUCGUAACGGACUCUUUUAGGGAUAGCAGCAUUAUAUUGGCAGAUAAGACAAGUCUGAUUUUUGAAAUAAAAUCUUUGUCGGGGUGUGAGACUUAUUCAUAAUAAGUGCAGUUAAGGGAUUCCCCAAUGUGAGUGUUCGGACUGGUGCCAGAACAAAUUGCCUUGCAAACACAUGUUCUAUCUACAUAUUGCAAACACAUUGAUUGGAGCAGCCUGCCUUAAAAAUAUCUUGAUCAAUCUUUCUUGAAGAUCGACCAAAGUAUCCUGCAAGUUGAAAAAAAGACGACAGCCCUUAUGAAGAGAAAUUUUCAACAACAUGAAUGCCAACGGCGAUCGGUGAAGAAAGUACCAACUCUAGUGAUGACCCUCAUGCUAACUGACAAAAAUGAAGCUCUAUAAGUAGGGCAUGCAUCUCAAAGGUAGAAACUCAAAUUCACCAGUGUCCCAACAAGGCCAAAUUAAUGGAACUUAAUAACAAUCUUGAGAUUAUUCUGAAGACGAUGGAUAGUUCGAUGCGGAAGGAUGAAACAAACUGCAUUUUCCUAAGCACAUCUGAACCAAAGCACUUGGUACAAAAGAACAGGCAACAAAAGCCAUGCAGUCCACCAUCAAAUGAAGAGAUUCAGCCACUCAGAACAAACAAAUCGCGCAAGAGACCACUUGAAAGUUGGAGAUCCCGAGGAAGUUAUGGCCGAGCUGCAGAGGCUUUUCAAAAAUAAAAAAAGACAAAGGUAGAAGUUGAUGAAAAAACUGUAAUGGAGACAACCCUCAUUACUGAGGAUAUAAAAGAGACUGACAAUUUGGAGCAAAUAACGAAAAGCAAAAUAAAACUGGAAAAUGUUAUAGAUACUUCAGUUUGAACUCUGCAUAUGCAAACUGCAUUUCUGAUUAUUCACAAAUAAUGUCCUCUUGGAACGUACACAUCAGACGCAAGAAAAUUCAGGUUAAUAAAUACAUGUCCAAUUGAUCACUAGCUGAUGCUUUGUCAAGUUUGUAAUGUUCGUUUUAGAGAUAUCUUGAUUAAUAUGACGUCUGUCGAAAUUAGAAAUGUUUUGAAACAUAUCCCAUUAUGUAGGUAUCUUGACGCAAAGUUGCAGCUGGCAAAAAUGAAUUGCAUGGAUCCAAUCACAGGUACAUGCAAUUUCUAUGGCAUUGAAACUGAAAGGUUUGUCCGUCACCUUUCAUUUCCCUACAAGUACCAACAAGAUUCUGAAUGCUCAAACAAAGCUUGUCUAGACCAAAAUAAACCCUUUAUUUUGCAAUGUUGUUCCUGAACAACAGAAGAAAAAUUGCAUAAUUUGAAAAUGAGAUGAUAAUUUAUGCUGAUUAGUUUGUUAACCAAUAGGGGGGUGCCUAUUUCUAUGACAACCACCCAUCAGGAACAAUUCUAGCCUCACUUUGAAUAAUGUGUGCAUUUUCAAAAAUGGUGGACACGAUUUCAAUUUGAAGCGACAUCAAGUGACACAUUGAACAAGGUCUCCAUUGCAGGUAUAUGUUUCAGGGCUCUUAGAAAAAUAUGCCAGUGUUUCUUUAUAUUCAAUUUAGACAUUUAUGUCCUCUUGUAAUGUCUAUAGGUAUUUUUCCCCCGUUAUUUCUGAUUUCCGUUGUGUUGUUGUAGAACAACAUCAAGAAGAGAGGGUGCAAAAUAUACCGAAAUUGUCAAAUAUAAAGGUCAAGAUUUACGAAUAAAACGCAAGCUUUUAGUAGUUUUAGGAGCCAAUAUGUUUGGGUGGUGAACAUUUAGCUUUAUAUAGACAUAUUGAACAGUCGAAAAGUGAAAAUGAAAUUGGAAAAGUAGAAAUAAAAUUUGUAAAUUUUUUCAAAAGGCACAGGUAAUAAGAAAAUGAGCAAAGGUUUCUUACUCCUGUUAGAUAAUGCAAAGUCAUGAGAUCAUACCUUCCUUUUGCCCCCAACGACAACUUCCACCUGCUGCUCUCUUUUAUUUUUACUUUCUUUUCCACUUCCUUAAAGAUAUUCCAAAAUUUGUAACGCAAACAGUCAACCUUUUUUAAGCUGCCUAUCAUCACGAAGGGUAACAAUUGAUAGGGUACAAUUAUUGUUAUCAAACUGACGAGAUAUCAUCAAAAAUCAUAAUAUUAUUCUAAAAAUCACUGCUCCUAAAAAUUCAUGUGAAUUAAUAAAGAGGAAUGCGAUCAUACCUUCUCUUCCCCCGCCAAGGAUUCUCCGUUUUCUACCUCCUGGAAGGUAAGGGAAAUUUAUACCAAAAGACUAUAAAAAGUAUUUUGAAAAUAUAUAAUUAUUUCUGAGACGUAGAGAGUAACGGUUGAUAGGGUAAAAUUAUUGUUGUCAAACUGACUAAAUAUCAAAACUGUUAAAUGAAAAAAUUAAAAUCUUUUAAUUUGCUAGUAUAGUAGCACUGAAAUCUACUAUUCAAAAUCGUCUUGAAGACAACUUAAACCCUAAGAUCAAUUUAGAAUGAUCAAAUUUGAUGCAAUAUUCAUUGAGUGCAACAGAGCGUAAUGUUCAAAGAAUAUUGUGAUAAGAAGUGAAAUUGCAAACAAAGUAAAGUCCAGCCUAAAAUUAACUCAAGUAGUACAUCCAGUUACGACUGACGUACAUUCUAGCCUGACUAAGAAGGAUAUCAACAAAAUGAACAAUUUGAUUUUUUUUCAUGCAAAAUAGUACACAUGAUUGCGAUCGUACCAUCUUUUUCUCCGCGCAACUUUCUCCGUUUUCAACCUCCUGGAAGGUAAGGGAAAAUUUAUACCAAAAGACUAUAAAAAAUAUUUUGAAAAUAUAUAAUUAUUUCUGAGAUGUAGAGAGUAACGGUUGGUUGGGUCAAAUUAUUGUAGUCAAACUGACUAAAUUUCAAAAAGUCAGAAAACGAUGCUUAAAAUCACUGUUUUAUUAUUAUUCAUGCUAGGCAAUUGAGAAAAGUGAAAUAAAAUCAAGCAAAAUGGCGCUUGACUGUGCCAAUCUGUUGCUGGUAUGGUAGGUUCUAUAUUACGCUAAAUGAAGAUAUUAAAAUGUGCAAUUCUAAUCCGUCUUAAACAAAAUUCAAACCCAAAUAUCAAUUUAGAAUAAUCAGUUUUGACAUACUAUCAAUUGAUUGCAACAAAGUUAAGUGUCCAAGCAAUGGGGUGGAAAAAGUGAAUUUAAGCAAAGUUAAGAACUUGUGAGAUUCACACUAGCAUUGCUAAGGGAAACAUGCCUCUCAGUGGAAUAAUUAAAAAAACAAAAAUGUUCAUAGUCAAGACUAAGGACAUCCAUCUCCUCCACAACUGUUUUGUUUGUCUUUUCUGUAUCCAUUUUCUUAAAGAUAAAUGACAAUUUACAGCACCAAACUUUAGAGAAAUUUAUAUACUCAUUCCUUCUAUUGAGACGUAACUUAAAGUAAUGUAAAACAUUUUGGCUGCCUAUCAUGGGGAAGAAGAUAAAACGGGGAAAAUGUACAUACUGUCAAGUUCAGUAGAUAUCAGAAAGGUUUACAUGAUGCCAAAAAUCUAUUUUUUAUUUAGUAGCCAUUGCUACUCUCUAUUUAGUGCCUAAUUGCUGGGGGGUCGGAAUAAAUGGGAGGGGAUGGAUGUUAUGUUCAAAAUUAAUUGGGGGGGGGGGGUUCCAAUUACCAGAGGGGUCUAAGUUGUGAGUUACAUAUACUGAACACUCAAAAUGCAUUUAAAAUAAGUAAGUACACUUAUUUCACUAUUAUAUAGCUAUUAUUUAUCAUCGACAAUAUUUAGCCUGUGUUACGCAUAUUUCACUACAAUAAUUAACACAAAGUGCCAAAAUCAAUUGGACAAAUUUUCAAUAAUUAAUUAGCGGAUGGGGGGACGGCAAUUAGGCACCUAAUAGUAGGCAGUUAUACUAUUUUUUCAUAAGAAUGAUUUUCUAAGAGCACGAGCCUUGAAACCAGUAAAA